CGAAGAGUGCUUUCAGGGUGACUGAAGUUUGAACAUGGCAGACCCAGGAACUAAGCACGGUGCUCUUCACACACAGGUGAACCUUCACAGGCCUCUACUCUCUCCGAGGAGCAGCAGAAAGUGAACAUGGCUCAGGGAUCAGUGUCAUUCGAGGACGUGACCGUGGAGCUCACCCGGGAGGAGUGGUGGCAGAUGGGCCCUGGGGAGCGGAGCCUAUACAGGGAUGUGAUGCUGGAGAACUACGGCCACCUCGUCGCAGUGGGGUGCUGCAUUACCAAACCCAAGGUUAUCUGCAAGUUGGAGCAAGGAGAAGAACCAUGGUCCCUAGAAGUCAAAUUCCUAAACCGGAAGUACCCAGGAUAUCAUAAAAUUGAUGACAACAUACAAGAGAUCCAGGAAAAACAAAAGAAGUCUCUGUGUCAAGUAAUAUUCAUUGAUGACAAUGAUAAAACCUUGAGUAAAGAAGAGCAGAAAGGAUACCUCAUUCAGUAUCAGAGGACCCAUUCAGGGGAGAAACUUCAAUACGAAGAAUGUGGGAAAUCAUUUUGUACAAGUUCACACUCUAUUCAGCAUUCUGGAGCUCAUGUGGGAUUCAAACAUUAUGAAUGUAAUGAAUGUGGGAAAACUUUCUGUCAGAAGUCAAACCUUAGUGAACAUGUGAGAAUUCACACUAAGGAAAAAACUUAUGGUAACAAUGACUGUGGGAAAUCUUACAGGUCACCCAUUAUAGGACAUCAGAGAAUAGAAACAAAGAUGAAACUCUGUGAAGCCAGUGAAUGUGGGAAAAUAUUCUUCAAGAUGGCAUGUCUUAAAGAACAUUGGAGAAUUCCCACUGAGGAGAAACCUUAUGAAUGUAUUGGAUGUGGGAAAACUUUCUUCACAUCAUCACAUCUCAGAGCACAUCAGAGAAUUCACACAGGUGACAAACCCUAUGAAUGUAUUGAAUGUGAGAAAACUUUCUCUCACAAGACACACCUCAAUGCACAUCAGAGAAUCCACACAGGAGAGAAACCCUAUGAAUGUACUGAAUGUGGAAAAUCUUUUACCUGUAAUUCAGCCCUAAAAGCACAUCAGAGAAUUCACACAGGUGAGAAACCCUAUGUAUGUACUGACUGUGAGAAAACUUUUGCCUAUAAUUCAGCACUCAGAGCACAUCAGAGAAUUCACACAGGGGAGAAACCUUAUGAAUGUAAAGAAUGUGGAAGGGCUUUUGCCCGUAUUUCUGUUCUCAAAGCACAUCAAAGUAUUCAUACAGGUGAGAAACCCUAUGACUGUAAUGAUUGUGGGCGAUCUUUUACCUUCAGUUCAGGUCUAAGAGCACAUCAGAGAAUUCACACAGGGGAGAAACCCUAUGAAUGUAAUGAAUGUGAGAAAACUUUUACCCAUAAUACAGCCCUCAGAGUACAUCAGAGAAUUCACACAGGGGAGAAACCUUAUGAAUGUAAUGAAUGUGACAAAACUUUUACCCGUAAUUCAGCGCUUAGAGCACAUCAGAAAAUUCACACAGGGGAGAAACCCUAUGAAUGUAAUGAAUGUGGAAAAACUUUCACUGAGAAGUCAUAUGUUAGUGCACAUCAGAGAGUUCACACAGGAGAGAAACCCUAUGAAUGUAAUAUUUGUGGAAAACCAUUUGCCUUUGACUCAUCCCUUAAAGUGCAUCAGAGAAUUCACACAGGUGUGAAAUCCUAUUGUUGCAAUGAAUGUGGGAAAACUUUCUCCCAGAAGUCACACCUUAUGUCACACCAGAGGACUCACACAGGGGAGAAACCCUAUGAAUGUAAUGAAUGUGGAAAAAGUUUCUCCCAGAAGUCAAACCUUAGUGCACACCAGAGGACUCACACAGGGGAGAAACCCUAUGAAUGUAAUAUUUGUGGGAAACCAUUUGCCCUUAGCUCAUCCCUUAAAGUGCAUCAGAGAAUUCACACAGGUGUGAAAUCCUAUGGAUGUGAUGAAUGUGGGAAAACAUUCUCCCAGAUGUCAUACCUUAGUGCACACCAGAAGACUCACACAGGGGGAGAAACCCUAUGA